CACAUGACCACAUCCAGCAGGCUUGUUGCUGUUGUGGUGCACCGAUGAUCCAGGGAAGCAGACAAGUGACCGUGGCAGCCAAACGGGAGGAACUGACAGCCAUUUUAUGAUUAUAGUUGCAUUGAAAACCGCACAAAUAGCAUACUUCCAACUGCAAACAUGGGGCAAUGUGGCAUAACCUCGUCGAAGACGGUGUUGGUCUUCCUUAAUCUAAUUUUCUGGGCCGCGGCUGGCAUCUUGUGUUACGUGGGGGCCUACGUGUUCAUCACGUACGAUGACUACGACCACUUCUUUGAGGACGUGUACACGCUGAUCCCCGCUGUGGUCAUCAUCGCCGUGGGAACCCUCCUGUUUAUCAUCGGUCUGAUUGGCUGCUGCGCCACGAUACGAGAGAGUCGCUGUGGCCUGGCUACGUUUGUUGUCAUUCUUAUGCUGGUGUUCGUCACUGAAGUAGUGGUGGUGGUGCUGGGGUAUAUUUACAGAGCAAAGGUUGAAGACGAGGUGGACCGCUCCAUACAGAAGGUGUACAAUGAGUACAACGGCACAAACACAGACGCUCCCAGCCGAGCCAUCGACUAUGUGCAGAGACAGCUUCACUGUUGUGGGAUUCGCAACUACUACGACUGGAAGAAAACUCGCUGGUUCAACGAGACCCGAACCAACAGCGUCCCGCUGAGCUGCUGCAAGCCCAACAUCGGCAACUGCACCGGCUCGCUCGACCAUCCCGCUGACCUCUACCCAGAGGGCUGUGAAGCUCUCGUCGUGAAGAAGCUGAAGGAAAUCAUGAUGUAUGUUAUUUGGGCCGCAUUGACAUUCGCUGCGAUACAGAUGCUGGGGAUGCUCUGUGCCUGCGUGGUGCUUUGCCGAAGGACCCGAGACCCUGCAUACGAGCUGCUCGUCACUGGGGGAACCUACGCAUAAAGAGCAUUCACACACACACACACACACACACACACACACACACACACACACACAGAGAUUACAUACACACACACACACACACACGCACUACAUACACCCACACACACAAUCACACACACACACACACACACACACACCUGCUCAUGCACACAAACACAGUACAAACAUAUACACACAAAUAUGUAGACACAGAAAGACAAACACCCACCCACACACAGCAGGGCGCAGGAUUCAGUGUGUACGGGGAGGGCUUAUGGGGCGGGCCCACGCUGGCUUUCUUUUCCUUUAAUAAGCUGAAGCACGCCUUGCACAAUUCAGGACUGCUUUUAGUCUCCACUGGUGAUGGGUAAAGCGGUAACUAAACUAUUUAUUUUCCAUGCUUUUUAGAUUUGGUAUUUUAAUUUAAACCUUUUUUUAUUACAAAGUCAUCUGAAAUCCUAUUAGCCAACACCUAAAUUGGCUUGUAGUUAUUAAUGUUUUUUGUUUUUGUGGAACCUAUGAAAAUAUUUGCUCUUUUCUGUAAUAUAGCUUUUUUUUGUCCUUUAGUUGGGCACAAGAAGAUGAACACUAGGAGGCUGGGGGCUUCUUGAGAUAAAAUGGCGGACGGCUGUGCAGAACGAGUGUACGGAAUGUAUUUUUUCCUCUGUCAGUUUGCACUAUGUGUAGGGCUUUGGAAAUAUUUUAUAAAUAUGUGAUAACACACAAGGGUUAAGAAGUCUCCCGGUGCGGCUGCAUUUUUAUUUCGGUGGAUUUUCUGCCCUUUCCUGUCAGGUGUAGGAGUACCACUAGUGUACCCAGGACCCCAGUUUUUAUUUCAUUUUUUCAAAACGGUUGUAACAUCAGGUCUAGUCACACUUAGAACCUGAAGCACCACAUUCUUGCUUGACCAGUGGUUCAAGUAGCCCAAAUGACAGGGUAGUACUCUGCUUUCUGGAAUAAUCUAUACGCAGUACAUGUUCUGUACACAAAUGUUUUUUUCUUCCCCUCUUCCCCUUUUCUCUGUGUUUUGUGUCACCAGUCAAGUGUGCCGUUAAGACAUAGAUUUAAAAGUUGAUUUGGGGAUGUAUGUAGCUGUUGAUAUGAACAUCACAUGAUGUAAAACUGAAAUCCGUGUAAAUAUGGUUGAAAUCUAAAACCUUUCAUUGAAAUAAAUCUGUAAAUUCCGAACAACAAA